AUGUUAAGAAUAUUUAGCAAAUGUAGAUUCUCAAGUCAAAAUUUUUAUUAAUUACUGGGAGUACGUAGAGAUGCUACAAAUGAGGAAAUAAAAAAGCAAUUUCACAUAUUAGCCAAAAAACAUCAUCCAGAUUCUCCAAAUGCAAAAGAGAGUGAUUAAGUAAGAUUAAAUUUAAAUGAAAGGAAUUAUUUAAAUCAAUAGUAGGAGCUUAUAAUACAUUAUCAGAUGAGAAUGAAAGGAAGAAAUAUGAUAGGAUUUUAAUGGAAUAAUAAGAAUAGUCUAGUGGAAAAUAAUAAAAUUAGGAGACAAGAAAUUAAUAUUCCUAAUAAUAAAGAUAGCAAUAAUAAUAAAGACCAAUAAAUCCAAAUAGUUAAUUUUUUUAUGAUUUUCGAAAAAAGUCAUAAGAUUUUGAAGAGAAAGACUUUCAUAGAUAAAGAAAUAAAUAUAUAGAAGAUAAUCCAUUAUUUCAUAGUAUGAGGAACAGUCCAGAGUUAUAUGUAGUGAGUUUGGUGUUAUUUGUGGUAAUGUGGAGAUGGAAUUCAUAAAUGAUUGAAGAAAGAACAUAAUCAAGAUAUUAAUCAUUUCCAGAGGAUCCUGAAUUUAUAAGAGAGAAGGAAAGAGAUUAUAAGAAACGUUAUGGACAUUCACCAUAUCCAAAUAGACAAAUAUUGUAUAAAGUUACAGAGACUGAAUGCAAGUAAUAGAUUAUUAUAUUAUUAUAGAAAUAUUCCUAUAGACAUUCUAGAUGAAAUGGAUGAGAGUGGUAGAUAUAAUUUGGCACCAUUAUGUUAUGAGAGAUUAGAUAGAUUUAGAUCUGAAUAAGGAGCAUAAGUAAUAUAAGCAAGUCAUCAUUCAGAAGAUACAGUAAAUUAAUACUUAAAAUUGUCAAAAAGAGGUUAAAAUAAAAAAUAAAUUAUUAACAAUUAGGAUGAUGAAGAUGAAGAUAAUGAUGAACAAGAUGAUAUAUCUAAAUUAUAUGAAUAAGCUAAAAUAUUUAGAAGAGUAAAAGGUGUAGAAGGUAAUCAUCUAAAUAAAUAAAAUAUUUAAACAUUAAAUAUAAAUCUUAAUAAAGAAUAAUAAUAAUAAUAAUAAUAAUAAUAAUAAUAAUAAUAAUAAUAAUAAUAAUAAUAAUAAUAAUAAUAAUAAUAAUAAUAAUGGUGA